GGCCGGCCACGCUGCCGCCCCGCCCAUAGGGACGAGCCGGGGGCCGGCCGACACCUGCCGCGGCCGCAGAGCCGCCGCUCCCGCCGGCCUCUUGCGUCUUUCCCGGCCGUGGCGAUGGAGCCGUAGGAGCGGCCGCGCUUCCCCGGGGGGUAAGGAGAGCGCUCCCGCAGGCGGCGGGCAGGAGCCCGAGAUGGCGGACAGCGCCGCGGCCACCGCCGCCCCCCGCGCCGGCGUCAAGGGCGGCUCGGCGGGGCCCUGGUGGAAGUCGCUGACCAGCAAGAAGAAGCACAAGGAAGCGGCGGCCGGGCCGCCUCCCCCCGCCGCCGCCGCCGCCAGCGAGGCCCCCGCCGAGCCCCCCAACCCCGGCGGCCGGGAGGAGCAGUCGGUCCCGUUCGGCAGCGGUGAGGCCGCGGCUGCGGGCGGCGGCAACCGGCGGAGUCUCCGCGUCUCGCACUCGGGCCGCUUCAAGGAGAGGCGGAAGGUGCGCACCUCACUGCUGGCCGACAGCCCCGACGUGUUCGACGGCGGCGGUGCCGCGGGCCAUGCCGCCCAAGGGGGCGAGUAGCCCAGGAGGGUUUCGCCCCGGAACAGUCACUGGACAGGGGGC